AGCACUGAGUAUAAAUAAGAAGGCCUGCACACCAUUAGUCUUUCUCUUAGUCCAAACGUAGUUCCCAUAUAAGGCAACAAUAUAACAGCUAGUCAAUUAGAAACUUUGUUAGCUUAAAAAAAAAACAACAAGUUAUGGCUACGUGAGUGUCAACUGAAUUUUAGCACAUUUUAUUAAUUUAAAAAAAAAAAGAUUUUCACCCUUCUCUUUAUUUAUAUCGGCAUUCUAAGAAGAAAGUAAUUUAGUAUACCUAGUCAAGACAAUCUCCCUCCCACCCUGCUAACUCAAGUAAUACUAGUAAUAGUAAUAGUUGUACUUAAAAUAAUUGAUCAUCUCAGUAGCGUAUUAUGUUUGAUUAGGCUUAGGCCUAACUUAGAAAGGUUUAAUUCUAAAAGCAGAUAUAAUUAUGAUUGAUCUCACAUAUAUUUGAAUUAAAUUAUUUAAAAAAAAAUUAACCCAGCUUACUUCAGGAUGAGUUAUUAUUAAAACGUAUAAGUAUAAGUAAAGGCUGGGAGCCUAAAAAAUGCAGAAAUCUCACAAACUGUACCGCCGGGUUAAAAAAAAAGUUGACUAACUUUUAGACUUAGAAAUAAAUGAUUCUAUCAUUUCAUUCAAAUUAAAUAUUAAUAUUUAAUAAUAAAGCAAUGUUGCAAAAAAUCAUAAUUAAUGUCUAUUACUAUUACUAUUACUACUGAUAAUUUCUCUAAUUAGUUUAAUUUCAGUGUGAUAAUUGACUACUAUUUUAAUUUUAAUACUGUAAUUGGGGCCUGUUUAAACUAAAAUUUUAAUAGUAGGCCUACUAGUCCUAGUAUUAUGACAUUAUGAGUAAUUAACAAUACAAAAAAAAUCACGGCCAGUUAAUUAUAGUUAAGUUAAAGCCUAAUUAAUAAAUAAUUACAAAUAUUGAACUAAUUUUGAAAUACAUUUUCUAGACAGGGAAUAUUGUUGGGCUAUGGAAACCCACUAUUGGACAUUUCAGUCCAGGGUACCUCUGCAUUUUUGGAAAAGUAAGUACCACCAAGCUUUUAACAUAACGACAUAACGUCAAAACCAAGAUUACUUUGUAGUAAUAUUUUUUUAAAAAUAGAUUUGGCCGGCUAAUUUUUAAUUUAAACUUAGACAAGGUCUUCAACAUAGUCAAUUGGCCUUUCAAAGAUUAAGUAGGCUACUCCUGCCAUUCACGUAAAACAAAAAAAAUUCAGUAAAAACACCAAAGGUGGGGAGGACAACUGAAUUUUAAAACUUGCCAAACUGAUAAUUAAGUCAUGCCUUUUCCAUCUAAAGUUUCAAGAAAAAGUGCCCAAUAAUUUAGUGUAAUUUAAUUAUAAUUUUGGAUAUUAAAAUAUUAAAUUUUAAAAAAGCAGAUUGGGCCUAAAUUUUCAUUUAAUUUUAAAAUACCACCCUUACCCUCCUUCGUGAUUUAGGUAUGGCUUGAAAGCAGAUAAUGCAAUCCUUGCAGAGGACAAACACAAGCCAAUGUAAGAUUAGUCUAUGUUUGUUAUCAAUGUUACACAAUAGCUAAGAUACAUUUUUGGGAAAUGCAAAUUUGCAAGUAAUUUUUUUAAAUUAACUUUAUAUUUAUUAAUGGACUGUAGCAAAUAAAGUGCUUACGUAUUUAAAAGAUUUUAAAGAUUAUUUUAAUAUUUAUUAAUAUUUUUAUGGAAAGACUUUUUAUUUUAAAAAUGGAAACAGGUAUGAGGAAAUGAUAAAAGAAUUUGAAGAUGUAGAGUAUGUUCCUGGAGGAGCUACACUAAACACUAUACGAGUAGCACAGGUAUUUUGGUACUGGUAUGCAUCUGAAGGUAGAGACCAAAAAUAAAUUGAUUAGGUGUGAGGAAGAAUGAGAUGGCAAGCCCAGACAAUUUUAAUUCAUGAAAAAAGAUUAGUAAAUUAAUUUAUUGUAGUAAUGGCUGUUGACAAAUGUUAAUUAAAAAAUACUUUUACAGUGGUUGCUGCAAGUACCAGAAGCAACAUCUUUCAUAGGCUGUAUAGGUCAUGACAAAUUUGGAGAAACUUUGGCAUCUGCUGCAAAGAAUGCAGGUGUACUAGGCAAAUUUCAGUAUACAAACAAGGAACCAACUGGUACAUGUGCUGUUAUAUGUACAGGCAAACAAAGGUCAGUGUUUGUGUGUAGACUGAUAAGGAUUAUUAUCUUAUACUUUUUAAAAUGAAUUGGUUUUACAAUUACUCUCUUGAAAUUGGUGAUCAUUUUUUAAUGUCCCUUUUCAAUUAAUUUCCUUAAUGGCUUGAGAGAAUGUUGCUUAAAGUUUCAGAUUUAUUCCCACAGCUGAACUUAAUGGAUCCUUAACUUAAUGGUUACUUAAAGUAACUGGAUCAGCACUUAUCUCAGAGAAGUGCUGAUCCGAUUACUUGUAAAUACGUAAUAUUGCAUACCUGUAUUCGGGCAAAAAAAUAAAGGCACAUUUUUAGCAAAAUUAAUUUACAUUUUAAUUUUAUGUGAAUAAAAUUAAUAUUUAUAGAAAAUUUACUAGUAAUUGGUGUAAAACUAAAUGUGCGCUAAAUGAAACUGCAAAGAUCUGAAAAUAAUAAUGUACUUGUUGCAAAUUUUGUGUGAUUAUUUAUCUUAACCAGUUGGCAUGAUGGAUAGCUUUGUUUAUUAUCACAAUUUUUUCUGUUUACAACAGAAUUUUCCUUUCUCUAGUAACUAGUAAAAUUUAGACCACUGUUUGCCUUUUUAUGUUCCUGUUAGUGUGACAUAACUAUUUUGUUCAGCUACACCAGUGGUUCCUAAAAUUUUCAAUUUGCAGCACCAUUGACAAAUUAGGGUUUUCUCCAGGCGCUAUGUCAAAUUCUAAUAACUGCACUUUGAAAUAGUGAGUGUAUUUUUUAAAACUGAGGGUUAGUAAUAAUAAAAUAAAUAAAUAAAACAUAUUUAGGUCAUGAAACGCCAUCAAGAAACCAUAAUAUGUAGGAACUUCUGCAAACAGCAAUUUCUGAAUUGAGUACCGUAACUGGUUUGAAUCAGGCCCGCUAAAUGUUGUGUCCUGAAAAAAAGUUAUGAAACUUUUGGGAACAACUGGGCUAUGUAAAACAAACAGAGAAGACAUUUUUUUUACUUUGAUGUUAAAACUGUCCAUAAAUAAUUUUAAACCUCAUUUGUAUGUACUAGUACUAGUACGCAGAAGGGGGAGGUGGGUGGUAAAAGAAAUACAGGUGCAACAAAGGUGGAGGGGGAAAUAGGGAGAUGGAAAUUUGACCUUCAAAUGUAAGCUAUAUAUGGAUGGCCCUUUACUGGAUCUAUACAUGCAGUUAUCAUUUUACUAAUUGGACAAAUCUCAUUUCUUGUUUCAUAUAGAUAAUUCCUGAAUUUUAAUACACAGAUUAGAACCUCUGGGUACUAUCUAAAAAUACCCGGGAUCCUGACAAAAAUCUGCACAGCUCAGCCCAUAUGUUUAGGCAUAAAAUUUCAAAUUUUUAUCCAAUGACAAGGUGGCUUCAGUAUUCAAUCAAUAUUCAGUACCAGGUAGCUGAUUUUUUUCUCAAGGCUUUACCUUCUCACCAAGAAGAGCUGAUGUACUUAUAUAAUUUGUAUACUUCAGCCUGUUUACUCAUAGCUUGGAAUGACUUGCUCCCUUUUGGGUAAGAGGCAGAUGAAGUUACCAUUGCAAUAUAGGGACAAGAAAUAAAGGUUGAAAUCUAAACACAAUCUCCUAUUCUCAGAUUGUUGGAAUACAUUUUUUUCAACUCUAGAUACCAUGAUGUGCUAGUGCCUACUAGUCCUACAGAGUUAAAACUUAUGAUUUAAGAGUCAGGCUUUAGUUUUUCUGAGACUUGAUCUUCUAGUUUUCAAAUGGAUGUUAAAUUAACAGAUUUUUAAAAAAAAAACAUACUUUUUUUUAAUGCUAAAUUAAAAUGUAUGUAUCUCUAAUUAUUAACAAAUUUUAUUUUUUUCAUCUAAAAUAUUUAGAUCGCUGGUUGCUAACUUGGCAGCAGCUAACUGUUUCACUGAAGACCACCUUGAUAUUGCAGAGAACUGGGCAGCUGUUGAAAAUGCCAAAUAUAUUUAUUUUGCUGUAAGCUUUGUUUGUUUUCUUUAACUAUGACCUUUUUAUUGCUGUUACAAAUUUUAAACAAGGUAUCGUUGAUUUACAAAAUUGAAAAUGCAUGUUGUAGUUUUAUAUAAUUUGCAUUAAUAAUUGCUUGUCUAUGGAUGCUCUUGGUAUCUUAAAGCAGUGCUUCUCAACAUUUUUCAUGCGUGUAGCCCUUUUUAGAAUGAAUUUCUAUGGGGGAUCCUCUUAGGCCUGCCGCCUACCCAAAGUCUUAAUUGCAAGUUAAUGGAAUUAUUUUAUUUCCUGAAGCAGAUAGGGCUCUGCGGAGCACAGGUUGGGAACCAUUAAUAAAGGAAUGAAAAUUUUAUUCAAAAUAUAAUUAAUUAAAUAAUACUCAGUUUUAUGAAUAACAGAAACACUUCUUUACUUUGCAUCUGUUCUAUUUCAAAAUUAUCUUUACCAGGGUUAUCCUUUGACGGUGUGUCCAUCAGCAAUGUUGAGGAUUGCUAAAUUUGCAGCAGACAACAAUAAAAUUGUCUCAAUGAACAUGUCAGCCCCAUUCUUGUGCACAUUUUUUAAAGAGCCCAUGUUAAAAUUACUGCCUUAUGUGGAUUAUUGGUUUGGUAAUGAAUCUGUAAGAUUUUUCCUACUUUUUUUAAAAAUAAAAUUAUUUUGAAAAUGUUAGAGGCUUUUUAGCUGAUGAUUUUGUUAAUUCAUAAUUUUAAGACCCAUUCACUGAUGUAUGUUUUUAAAUUCAUAUGUUUGCCACAUGUAACCUAGAUGCUGCUUUAUAGGUUGUUUAUUUGUCACAUUUAGGCUUUAAACUAAGGAUGUUUAAAAACGUUUUUUUCUUUUUUGAAAACUGAAAACAGUUUGUUGAUUUUUAUAAACUGGUUACCAAAUUGUUUUAUCUUUACGGCAAAAAAAUAAACACAAUAACAGUAAAUGUAUACAAUAGUAACUGGCAUCGCAUGUCAAACCAAACCGCAGGCUUUAACAGGGUUAGCUGAAUCAGAGUAAGGUCACUUAUAAAGUAUGUCAAAAUAUACCUUGUGAUGAACGUUAAAUGAUUUUUUUUUUUAAAAUCCAGUUUUGGCAUCCCUACUUUAAACAUGAAAUGUUUCAAUUUGCAAUAUAAUUGCCAUUUUAAAAAUUAUAACUUUUUGUUUCGAUAUAUUGUUAUUUAGGAAGCUGCAGACUUUUCAAAAGCCAAUGAUCUUGGAGUAAGUACUUGUUAAAAUUUUUACUCAACUCUUACAUAUUUUAUUCUGUUCAGCCUCAUAAUGGGGAAAAAAAAAUGUGACUUCUAAAAUAUAUAGACUGGAAUAAGUUUUUAUGUGUAUGGAAUAUAACACAUGAUCCAAAAACACACAAAAAAUUUCAAGUAUUCUGUAGUAAAGGAAAAUUGUUAGUUCCAACGCUGUUAUAAAAUACUGGUUAUUGUAAAGUCAAAAAAACUUUUUCCCUUUUUAUAGAUCAAAAAUCAUUUUGAAAGUUGAGAAAAAUUGGUAAUUAAAUUAUAUAUCACUUUAUAAACCAAGUUAAUAAUAUAUAAGUAUAAAAUAAGUUUAAAAUGCGUACAAAACUUAACCUUUUGACAGAGGGGCUGAUGGAUGGACAAAUAGACGCUUAGACAUUUUUCAAAAGGUCUCUUAGUUAUUUAUGUUGUUACGUACCUCUAAAAGUGCAGAGAAUUUAAUCUCUUAUUUUAAUAUAUGGCUCGUUGAUAAACAGUAAACAACAAAGGACAGUACCAUUAAUUAAAGUAAUAAAGAACGAUACCCAAACUAGGGCUAAUUACAAAUAAUAAUUUACUAAGUUACUUUAAAAAUUACAAAAUCAAAUAGAAUAAAACUAAGGCUAUUGACUUGCAGUAUAGCAAUCAACUUGUACUGGUACAAUGUUGGAAGAUGCACAUACAUACACAGUAAAUAUAACAUACAAUAUCUAUAUCAACACAGUAUCGUAAUCGCAAAACUCUGUCCCUCUCUUUGUCUCGCAGUCUCUCUAGCUCUAAGUUGAUCGGCUUAUUUAUAGUCUUUCUUAGAGACUUUUCCAGAAAGGGAUUCGGCAUUGUUUCUGUACCUCGACCCGUCUCGUAAAAUCUAAAGAAUUCUAAAGACUAUAGACUGUGUUUACUUGUAGUCACAGUCAAGGGAGACAAUUUGUAAUUAAAUCACACCCAUCAUCGCUGAACUUGGGGUCACCAAGAGUAAAUGCACUACUUUCACAAUGUAAACAAGACGCCUACAGUAACAAUCUUAUUUUAAUAAUAGUAACUGAUAGAGCAAGAACUCAAAAUGCCAUAUUAUAAUUACCCAUGAAAGCAAAGAUGGUUUUAUUUUUAUUAGCCUUGCUUUGUUUAGUCUGCUGAUGAAAACAUCUUGUUGCCUAAAUGUGUAUUGUUUAGUCCGUAAUAAAGCUUUACAAUUCUGUGUAAAAUCUUUACAACUUUUUACCUGAGAUUAUUUUGAUGUGAUGAUGAAUUUAAAUAUUGUUUCACAGACUACUGAUAUAAAAGAAAUCGCAGAGAAAAUUGCAAACUGGGAGAAGGUCAACACAACUAGAAAAAGAAUAGUUAUUCUUACCCAGGGUGCCGAUGCAACUAUUGUUUAUGCUGGUAAGUCUUUUAAGUAUUUUUUUUAUACAGUGUCCUAAUUUUUGAAAAUUUAUUCAUUUAGUUUCUCGUUUUUUGUAGGUGUUUUUAAUUAAAAAAAUUCUAUAAAUGUUAAUAAUUUCCAAAAUAUAAAAUCUGCAGUAUGUGACCUUUAAAUCAACUUUCUAUAAAAAAUUAUGUGAACUUUAAAUAUAUAUAACAUAUAUUAGUAUUAACUGUUUAUAGGAAUUACAUUGCCUAUAUUUCUGGUUUAUUGAAUGGUAAAGAGCUCAGAUUUGUUACUUAGCAUAGUCUUAAGGGGCUUUUUAGGCUUUCAAUUUCAACAUUAGAAUGCUUGAUUUACCAAUUAUGUAAAUAUUUGAAGUGAAAUUAUGGAUCUGCUGCUAAAAAAAAUGGUGGCAUUGUUUCUGCUGUUUUUAACAACAGGACAGCUGUAUGUAGAAAAGCAUUCCCUACUUUCAUAUUAAAUAAAGCAGAAAUUAGUUACUUUAUUAGCUUGUUAAUGUGGCUGGAUUUUUAAAAAUACAAAACAGGCAAAAAAGCAUUAAAUAGGCAGUGAAAUCAAAUGAUAUGCUUUCACUACAGCUUCAGACAAUAAACUGAAUGACAAAGGGUAUGAUGGCCAGAGCACUGGGGAAUCGUGUGCACAAAAAUGCAUGAACAACGUAAUGGGCAUUCAGAUUCCUAUGCAACUUUUUUUAUUUCUAGCAAAAAUUUGUUUGAAUUUUUCAUUUUGAUUCCAAGUCAUUUGAAUUCUGGGGCAUAGGUAGGAAUUCCAAGGUGCUACUGUACUUGAAAGUUGGAAUUAAGUAAAUUUUAAGAAUAAAGCAAACAAAAUGGAAUCUCAUAAACAAAAUUACCAAACAUCUAGAUGAUUUGUUCUAUGCUGUUAUAAAUUUAAGAAAUUUUUGUUUGUUGAAAUAAAGAUUUAUUUUAGCACUGAGACUCAUAACUGCGACUACGAAAAUUAUAAGUAAAGUAUUUAAAAAAAGGAAAAGAUUUAUUAAUUGGGUAAUGGAUAUUUAUAUAUUUUUCCAUUGUUUACAGAGGGAAAGGUAACAUCAUAUGAUGUCCAUCCCAUAAAUCAAGAUGAUCUUGUAGACACAAAUGGAGCUGGAGAUGCAUUUGUUGGAGGUAAUAUGGUGGAAGGGUUAAUUUCCUUUUGUUAGUGUCAUACAAUAGUGUUAACUGUUAUCUUAUUGUAUUAUACGGUAACUAAAUUUAUUUAAGAAUUAUUUUUUUUAUGAAAUGAAAUGUAAUAUCUGUCAAAUGUUAUUAGGCCUGAUAGAAUUUAGAGCAGUGACAGAUUCUAUAUAAUGGGUAGUUGUUACUUAUUUGUUAUAGAUAGUGGUGUUGAGAGAGGGCAGUUGCCCUCACUUGUCACAUACUAUAAUGUGUACUAGGACACACAUUAACUUGUCAAGUGCAGCGUCUCUUUGAUUUGAUUAAUACUUAGCGUAGAGACAGACCUAAAUUAACAACACAUGUAAAAAAAAAAAAAAGGUGGACAUUCACAUCACUGCUAGUAUAACUUAAAAUAUACAAACAUUAAAUAAAUAUUUUACAUUUUAAUCUUCCAAAGGAUUUUUAGCCAAGCUUAUCACUGGUCAGUCAAUUGAUGAUUGCGUCAAUGAAGGUCACAGGGUUGCCAACAUCAUCCUGCAACACACUGGCUGCACAUUUAAUUGAUACAGCCACCGUCACAGAUGGGGAUUAUCUGCUCAUGUUGUUUUAUAUUUCAGACUUGGUGAAGUUAUUUCUCUGUUUUACUGUUACUUAAGGUACCAUAAAUAUUUCUGAAGCUUUCUCCAAGUGAUCAUAUAAAUGCUUUGACCCAUGAGUUUCAGGUACCCGGUACUGAUACCCUUAUAUAUUAGACAGAGCAGCUCCAAGUUUGCAUUUUAUCAAGAUUAUAAUAAAGUAGUAUCUCUAAAACAUAAAUUUAGAACCUAAGUUAAAGAGUAAUGCUGAACUUCUUCUGUUACAAAUGUUAGCAUAAAAAUAUUUUUUAUAUGGUUGGGCAGACUAUUUUGUAACUUGCAAAUCAUUAAACUUGAGACAUAAAAUUGGAGAUUUUCCAACUUUGUGUACAAUAGAUUAAGAAAAGGAGCACUUUCUUCUACAAUUUCAAAUCUUGUUUGCAUAUUAAAGGGUAUUUAUUAAUUCACAUUAUUGCAGUUCACAUCUUUAAAGAAUAAUUAGUAUUUGAUGACAUUUUUAAAAAGUACCGGUAGUUUUUUGUUAUUAAUUUGUUGAGAUUAUUGUGAACAAAAAAUAUGUUCACUCCAUUAGUAAUUUCUCUAACUAACUGAAUAGGAAUGUGUUCAGAAUAUUACUUCAUGUCUAGUGGCAUUAACAUAACUGCUAAUGCGUGACAACAUUUUUUGCUCAAUAUACUGAUUUUUUAAAUAUAUUUUUUGAUCAUUUGAAUUCAAAAUGUUAUAACCUUGGCUGCAGCUCUACCAGAUUGCAACAAACACUUGAACAAAGUUUUCAUAUUCAUGUUUCUCCAUAAAUAAAUGAGUCAGUUGAAAUAAUUCAUCACCAAUUAAAUUAGGUUUAGAAAACAGCAUGUCUUCCCGCAUAAGUAUUAGGGCGGAGCCAGAUUUAGUUUUUUAUACCCCGGUCUAGGUAUUAUGAGACGAUACCUGGUGUCCGAGUCCAGGUUUACAAAAAAAAGAGUUAUCUUCUUAUUUUUUAAUGGGUUUCAUCAUAUGGGGAGAAGUAAGAAGUGCAUGUAUUGAACUAGAAGCAAUCAAAGUUUAAACAUAAUCGUAAUCCAGCAGCUCUCAACCAUAUUAAUAUUAGUACUGCAACCCCAUUUGCCAAGUUGAGGCCAUCCACAACCAGAAUUAUACCUUAAAAUUGAUGAACAGUUGUUGAGAAGGGGGAGGGGCAGAGCUUUUUUUGUGUAGUUCAGUGUUGGUACUGUAAUUUUGAUCAGGGUGGAGGGAAGCAGAAUGAAGGACUAAGAAGGGUGUGGGGAGGGUUCUGUAGAGGCGGCACUUUAAGUUAAUCCCCCUGAAAAUUUUGAAAAAUUCACACAUCUGGUUAUGGUUUUACAUGGAAGUUAAGCCACACAAAAAAAUGUAACAGAGAAAGAAAAAAAAAGAAAAAUCAUAUAUAUUUAAUGUAAUUUUAAACAAUUGAAAAAAAAACUGGCAAAAUAUCUACAGGUGUAUUAAAAUAGUUGCUGACAUAUAUCAAUCAUAUUUUUAUUUUAUGUACUGGUAGUUGUAGUAUAGUAGUAACAAUAAGAAACCAGACUAGUCCGAUCACUUUUAAUAUUAAUAUUUACAUUUUUUUCAUUCAAAAAAGAAAAAAAUUCACUUUUUCAAUACCCCCC